AUUGAGUCGCUCCUAGGUGGGUCUUCUACUUUGUAAUCUGAGGAUGCAGGGCUCCUCGAGUGGAGAAAAGUGCCCCUUUCUUACCUUUCACCUCAUCACUAGUGCCUUCCUCUCCUGCUCCUGACCACCUGCCUCAGGUGGAGUUUCCCAUACUCGCUCCUGCCUAAUAUUCAGGAGACAAAGAACAGGCAGUUCAUCAGAUAAGGCAAUCAGGCCCACAAUUACCUCAAGUCGCUGCAGCCAGCCGACGGCUCCCCAACUCGAGUAUAUAUUCUACACCUCUGUUCCCCGAACUUCCUCCUUCUUUCUUUCCUCGGGCAUCCCUCUCACAAGCAGUCAGCUCUCGAGAGACAGAUAGCCCGGUCAACAGCUUUUAUCGCUUACUUCUCGUUCCACCAUCUCCUCACACAUCUCCUCCUCUUACACCUUGUUCACCUUCGACACUCAAUUCUUCGGCAUUCCAGUCACUCCGGUCGACCUUUUAUCCAUCAACCAUCAUCUAAUUCCAUCAAAGAGUCGACAGUCGAUAGUAAAUAGUCAACAUGGUCGGCAACAAGAUUCGCUGCGAGAACGGCGGCGAGUGGAAGGCCAGAGAGAAGUUUUCCCACAGUGCCCUUCGCAAGUACCAGAAGAAGUUGGGCAACGGCAUUGCCACCCCUGCCCAGUCGACUAUCUCGUGUCUCGAGCACAGCUCUGGCAACAAGGCGCCCGAGAUGAAGUGUGAGGGACCCUGUGAUCGCUGGCGUGAGCUGGACUUUUUCAGCAAGUCCACCCGCCGCAACAAGGUCUACUGGUGCAAGGACUGCGUUGAUUGGGCUGAGAAGACCGAGGUUGGCGAAGCGCUUCCUCCCCCCGGCGAGAGAAUCUGUGAGGAAGAGUUUGAGACUCUCAAGAUGAGGGUUGCCGACUUCGUGCUGAAUGAGGAUUACGAGAACGGCAUUCCAGAGGGGAAUGACUCGGGCCCGGCUACUACGGUCAGCAUCAAUGAUUUCGACGAUGACUACGAGGAAGAGUUCACUCUUCUGCCUCCCGGUGCUGAGGCUACCACCGUGACCGACUCCAUUGCCAGUCCAGAGGAUACUGAUGUGUCAGUCGAGACACCUGGCGCCGCUGCUACUUCGACUGAGCCUAUGGCACCAGCUCCUCGCGCCCCCCACUGGUUUUUGGGAUUUAUGAACAACGACUCUCCGAGCACCUCCUCCACCACACCUACCACUCUUGACACUCUCGAUACCCUUGACCUUCUUGACAGUCUUGACACACCCGAUGAGUCGAUCUCCGAGAUUUCCAUCACUGCUGGCUCCCAGGCUCACACUCGGACGACCACCACGGCUGCCGACACAAAUGCCUCAGCCACUCCUGGCCAGACCGGUGCAGUCUCGUUCAACACCUGGAGCCCAGAGGACAAUUUCGAGCGCAUGAUCAAGGAGCCCACCAUCGCGACUGAGGAGAGCGGCUGGAAGACGGUGACCCGCACGGCCAAGGGGCCUCGCAUGGUUACCGUUCGUCCUCGCGGCAAGAAGGAGAAGGACGAGGUGAAGGUCGGCAAGAACGGAUGGGUCAAAGUUAGCAAUCGCCGUACCACGCCACAGCUGCCUAACUAUAUCCUGGCGAACUGUGUUCGCGGCGAGGAAGAUUUCGUGGGUGACAUUAUCCCCGAUGAGCUUUAAGGGCUUAUUUUCACGGAGGAGCUGAUUUUGGCAAAGGUUUUGGGUUUUUUUAUGGUUCUACGGCUUUUUAUGGUUUUACGGUUUUGCGGUUUGCAUUUCUUUUCUUUUCUUGACAUUACGCACAAAUACACGAUGAUGGGCGGACGACAGCACGAAACUAUGCAGCGGACGAUAAUACGACAUUAUGAGCGGGGAAAAUUACAUAGCAAUUCGGUAGUUGAUGGGUUUGCGGAGUAGUGCGAUGACUUUUAUUAUAUUCUAUG